AUGAAUGCCAGUCUUGGAAAAGCUGGUGCAUGCAUUGAGGAAGCUGAAUUUCGAUACGAUUUUCUUCAUCAUCAUCAAAAUUCAUAUGAUUAUCAAGUUGCUGUUUAUUUUGAAGAUGCGACUGCAGUCAUACAGAAAAUUACUUAUAAUGCAGUCACUAAUACUUUCACCGAAUUUUCUAUUCCAUUAAAAUAUGGCAUUCCUAUUUUUCAUCACUAUCAGACUGAUUCUUUUGAUCAGUUAAAAUACUGGUUUGAAAAUACAGAUAAAUCAAAUUACUUAAAUGUACAUGUGGUUCAGCCUCUUAUAGUAUCUAAUCCAUAUUCAUCGCCAUUUUUACUGGCGGCAUAUGGCAUCAGAUUAAAUAACCUGAAUCAUCAUGAUUUUAUUAUUCAUAUGUUAAAUGAAUGGUAUGAUAAAAAUCGUUGUUCAAUGAAUAUUUCCAAUGAAAAAUUAAUCGAAAACGAAGAUUUUCAAGUCUUUAUAAGCUUCAAUGGAUUAUCUGAAGAAGCUUGCAUAUCGUGCUCAUGUGGCAUUAAAGUACAAUUAAGUCAAGUUCGUGAGAACUUUUCUAUGAGUAAUUAUUAUAAACAUUUAAAAUCUAAGAGAUGUAUGAUGAUAAAGAAGAAGAAAAUAACAACUUGUAAUAUUAAUGAUGACUCGAAUACAAUUGAUGACCAAGAAUUAGUCGAUAUUGAUGAAUCAGUAAAUAUGUCAAUGAUCGAUCAUACACAGUCUUCAAUUUCGAAAAAAAUUCUAUCAAAAAAACGACGUAUUAAACAAUAG